UCCGACACGCUCGAGGUCCGGUGGGACGUCACGUACGUGUUUUUGAUUUCGUACGGGUGUAAAGUGGCGUCGUUGUUUUGGCUGUUUUUGCUGCCUCCCCAAAAGACGGAAGUCCAGGCUUUGAAGGCGCGCGGUGGCAAGAGUAAAGUGGCCGGGGUGAUCCUCGUGUUCAUGUUUGUCGCCUGCGUGUCGUUCACCGUGACCAGCAACAUCAUGUCCAUCUUCCCGUUGACCAAGUGUUACCGCAUCGCAGGGGGCAACGGUGUGCUGGACCCCAAGACGGGCAAGUGCCCCCUCAACGCUCACUUGCCCACGUAUUGGGCGGGGCUCGGGUCCCUCAACGACUCGCUGUCUAGCAUCUUGGGCAACUUGUGA